ACGGCGUUUCUUCCUACUGCUUUGUCCUGAAGAUUUGUAUCGUAUUGGGCCCUUAGCUCCCUGCUCAAAAUGGCAGUGUAGCGGCUUGCAGCGGCAAAACUCGCAGCGGCAGAUCCUGCAGUGCAACGGCUAAUUGCACUGAUUCUAUUUGGCAAAAAUGGCGUCCUUUGAGGCAACCACCCUCAGCUUUGCUGCCGUCGACAGCAUAAGAACCUUGCUCGACUCAUCAUCAGAACUUCUGUUCUCUUCGACUUUGUCCCCAUCCCUGCGAAGCCGCCAUGUCUCUGAGCUCACAGAUGUGCGUGGAGGACGUGGGGGCCCUGCUCUUGGGGCCCUCGACACUGAUGGCUGACCCCUUCGGGCCCCUUCUGGACGAAGAUGAAGAGAGAGCUCUUUCCGAGGGGUCGUCUUCGCCCCUCUCCUUCUCUUCAUACUCUGAAUCUUACACCUCCUCCCCGUUCUCCCCCCUUACAGCCCCUGCUUCUUUAGGAUGUAAAGUUGGGUCUGACCUGCUGCCGCUCUCCUGGCUGUCUGCUGGCGAGCAGAUUAAUGCUCACGUUGGGGCAGAUCAGAGAGAAGGGGAUGCGUUUUCUGGCAUGGACUGGAUGACGGAGAAGAUUGAUCUUAGCGACUUCGACCUGGACUCACUCAUUGGGUCCUGUGAUUUAGAUGAGCCCCCUAGCUCACCAGAAGAGCUGCUUGCUUCCCUGGAGUCCCAAAUGGAUCUGGACCUGGCUCCACUUCCGUUCCCCUCGUCAUCCACAUCUGACCCGGAAGAGCUUAGCUUGCCUUCUCUUCCCCUCGACCUCCCUGUUACAGAGCCACUGGCAGACCCAGAGCCACUGGCAGACCCAGAGCCACUGGCAGACCCAGAGCCACUGGCAGACCCAGAGCCACUGGCAGACACAGAGGUCCGUUCGGAGCCCGUUUCUGUUGAGAUCAAAUCUGAGCCGCUCUCCCCUGCCUUCACUCUGGAGCUGGGCAGUGAGGUGGACAUCUCAGAGCUGGAGAAGGCUGUGUCCAAGGCCAGCAGCGACCAUCAGACCCCCAGCAUUGUUUUGUCCCUUUCCCCCGCCCACAUUGUGGUGGUUCUUGCUCCCAAAGAAGAAGUGAAUGUUGUGUCCAGCUCCUGUUCAGAUCAGUCUGACAGUGGCAUUGAAUCAGUCUCUGGUUCCCCACCCCAUGACCCAAGUCCCGCUCCAUCUCCCAAGCCUGCGGGUGCCUCUAGAACCAAGCCGUACUCCAAACCAGACCCAGAUGCAGGCCUGACUGUCGCUGGUAAAGUGAAGACCGUCUCUGGUGCGCCAAAAAGCACCGAUAAGAAGCUGAAGAAGAUGGAGCAGAAUAAGACGGCAGCUACCCGCUACCGGCAGAAGAAACGGGUAGAGCAGGAGUCCCUGAACACAGAGUGUGCUGACCUGGAGAGGAGGAACCGUGAGUUGACGGAGAAGGCUGACUCGAUAAGCCGAGAGAUCCAGUAUCUGAAAGAUCUCAUUGAGGAAGUCCGUUCUGCCAAGAACCGCAAGAGCAAGGCCAAGGCUGACUCUCCCUGAGAUGAUGGCAGAGGUGCUUUUAGUGAAGAUCAGCUGUCAAAGUAUAAAUAAAAGGCACUGUCUCAGUUUCUCACCCCCUCACAGUUCACAAGCGCUUGAUAGUCACAGUAUGUCAUUAGCAUAAUUAACCGUAGCUUGUAGUUAAUGUGGAGUAGCACUAUAGUAAUGUAAAAGCUAACAUGCGCACAAACGAAAACCUGACUAGUGGAAAUGCCACCACCCCUCACCCCAUCUCUAAUCCUGUCAUAUCUCACCUCUCUCAACAUUGUCCAGUAAGGGGCCUGAUACGUUUAUAAUGUAUUGUUACACUGAAUUCUGUGCUCAUGCAUGUAAAUAGCUUCAGCCACUCUAUCUCUAUUUAAAACUAUGGUGUGUUUGGUUUGCACUUAUAGUAUACCAUUGUCUUCUACAACUUCUUUGCUGUUUUCUAUUAAAGCUUUGAAACUCGA